GGUACAUCUUGUGCUCUUGGCGUACCCGUUUUAAAACUCAUGGAUGAAGCUCAACGCAAAACUGCAUUGCAUGCUGGAGAUGAAACAGAGUAUGUAUCAGCUGUUGGUGAUCCGGGGAUGAGAAGGAAUGGCCUGAGGUUGGCCAUAGAAUCAUGGAAUCAAUGUAAUGAGGUUGGAGAAGAAGCUCCAAACAUGGGUAGCCCUAGAGCUGCAGAUUGCUUUGAUGUGUACAGGGCUUCUCCUUCGUCACAGGAGAAGAAUUGUUCUCUAUGCAAUGCGCUACCAUACGUAUUGGUCCAUAGAGUCACGGAGGAUGAGAAUGGGUUAGGAGUUGGGGACCCUUUUCUUGGAUUGCAACCAAAUGCUCGUUAUGAUGUAGACCUUUACGCAGCCAGCAAAGAGCUAUACCUAGGAUCCAAAUGCCAAGUUCAAGACACCCCAAAUCCAUGGCAUUUCUGGAUGAUCAUGCUCAAGAGUGGCAACAUGGACACUUUUGCUGCCAGGUGCCCUAAAAAUGGUUACAAGACAGCACCAUUUGGUCCAGACAAUGGCUUCCCCUGCUUUGGACAGGGCUGCAUGAACCAACCCUUGAUUUAUCACGACUAUACCACAUUGCAAGGGCCAAACAUGACUUCCUUGAAAGGAAGGUUUUAUGGGUCAUGGGACUUGGAUGCUGAUCUGAGUAAAGGUUUGGUGGGGAACAUUUCUUUUCAUUCUGUGACUUGGGAGAAAGAAGUUGGAAAAGGAAGCUGGGUCUUCCAUCAUACCUUGAGGACUUCAACUAAGUAUCCUUGGCUUAUGCUUUACUUAAGGUCUGAUGCAACCCUUGGAUUUUCAGGGGGCUAUCAUUAUCCAACUAGAGGCAUGUCCAAAAUUAUUCCCGAAUCUCCAAAUUUUAAAGUGAGAUUCACCCUCAACAUUAUCAGAGGAGGAGGUCCAAAAAGCCAAUUCUACCUAAUGGACAUGGGCAGCUGCUGGAAGAACAAUGGUCAACCCUGCGACGGGAAUGUAACUUCCGACGUAACUCGGUACAGCGAGAUGAUAAUCAACCCGAACGCCAGCGCCUGGUGCAGUCCGACCAGACUAGACAUGUGCCCUCCUUACCACACCUUUCCCAAUGGCGCUCGUGUCCACCGCAGCGACACCACCCGCUUCCCUUACGCCGCCUAUCACCUCUACUGCUCGCCGGGGAACGCCGAGCAUCUUGAGCGGCCGCUCAGCCUGUGUGAUCCCUACAGCAAUCCUCAACCUCAGGAAAUACUGCAGAUUUUACCGCAUCCUGUUUGGGGAGAAUAUGGUUACCCCACCAACCAAGGGGAAGGUUGGAUUGGUGAUCCAAGAACAUGGGAACUCGACGUCGGAAGAUUGUCAGAAUCUCUCUACUUCUACCAGGAUCCAGGGACUCCGGCAGCCAGGAGGAAAUGGAUGUCGGUUGAUCUGGGGACUGAAAUUUUUAAGGAUCCAGAUCAGGUUGCUGAAUGGACUGUUAGUGAUUUUGAUAUUCUUGUACCUAAGCAAUGAAAGUGGUACAAUGGGGGAGAGCAUUGCUUCAAGCAACAGCAAUGAAGUUCUUUUUCCCUGUAAAGUAGAAGAAAUCAGGAUGUUUUUGCAAAUUGCAAUUGUCUUUUUUUUCUGUAUUAUCAAAUCUUCUGAAUCCCAUUUCUGAAUGCCGAAGGUGCGGUGCCGAAUUGGGUUCAAAAAAACUGUGGAGAAGCAUAAUUGAAUGCCAUACCCUGCCCUGCAAUUUUGUUGAUCAGUCCCAUAAAGAGCUAACCAUAACGCAUUUAUAAAAUUUUGACAAUAUCUUAGUUGGUAGAGUAUUUUGCAUUAUCUAGUUCUCAAUCACUGGACAGUACAUACAUUAAGAUCAGACUAAAUGCACAACAGGUAAUGUACAGUGAAUCUGUAAUAAUUCCUU